CCUGCUUCACUCCGUAUCGUGACGUAAUCUCCUAGGUGAUGCUUCAAUAUGGCCGCCGUUUACAAAAAUAUUCGUGCGAUGUUUUUCAUCAAUUAGCAAGGAAAAAAGCAUAUAUAUUUACAGAUAUUUAUUUUGAAAUGUACAGCUGUUUACUGAGUAAUACGACUCAUACCUACCAAAAAUGAAUGUAAGAGACUCUCGUCCUAAUAGUGCCAAAAGCAGCGCACGUCCUGGCAGCGCUAAAAGUACCAGUUCAAGUGUAUCCAAUGGACUACCACCACGACGAAUCACACGAUUUAUGAAUGGAGAUGGUCUGCCAUCUGGAGGGGGACUGGGCCAAGCUAAGUCAGACGCUGUCAGUUAUGAAGACCUUCUGAUAGCCCAGUACCUAGAUGAGUUGAAAAAAACACAACCCUACACAAAGAAAGAGAAACGAGCCCCACAGUCGCCGUACCUACAGCGUCUCCCCCACACAAACAUUGUCCCAACCCCCGGGGGCAUCAUACGUAUGGGCCGUUCUUCCCAGUUCCCCAGAAAACGUCCCCAGUCUGCCUCCACGACAAGCAGUAGCACCAUGGGCCAACACUCAAAGCCAAAAAUUGACGCAAAGUUUAUUGCAGACCCCGAUAAAUGGGAUCCAUUAACUCCACGAUCUGAGAAGUCUGAUGUACGUAAAAGACGGCCUCGGCCUGCUAGUGCUCCUUCUUCUAAGUAUAACAGGCCUUAUUCAGCCAGUAGCUACGGCUCACAGAGACCAAGUUCAGCCAAACCAAAGAAGAUAAAGCCUCUCUAUAAAAAACAGCCACAUACAAUCGUAUGCACUGCCUUCAAGAAUGGAUCUCGGGAAACAUUCUACAAAUUUGCAGCCCCUGAUUUGAAACAACUCCUCGAGAUGUGCACCGACAAAUUAGGCCUUGGUUCGGCAGCUAGGAGGUGUUUCCUUGAUGAUGGCAGUGAGGUGUUCCAAGGUGCAGAUAUUCCCCGGGAGGCAGAUGUAUACAUAUCUAUGGGGGAGAAUUUUAAGAAUCCUUAUCUUCCAGCAAAACAACACUCUCAACUAAAGCAUGGUGCCACAUGGACAAUGAAUGGUCUAAUUUUGCCUCCUGACCAAAGACGAGGGAAGAAAAAGUCCAUCCUGUCAAAACGUUUCCGUAAUCUCAUAGAUAAGAAGAAACACAGGAUCGUGAUAUUUAAGAAUGGGACAGCUGGAGAAGGAGUGGAAAUUGUGGCAGAUUUGGAUCGUGUUGAUGAGUUCCUAGUUGCCUGUACAGCCAAGUUAGAGCUGACAAGUUAUGCGCGACUCCUUUAUGAUUGGGAAGGAAAUGAAAUCUGGGAUCUUCACCAAACUCCAAUCCUUGAUGACUGUCUCCAGACUUGGACCACACCCAUAUUAGGUCCCCUGUGGGUCUCCAAAGGGGAGGGUUUUAGUCCCUCAGGGGUCAGACAGUUUCUCACAGGUCUCAUUAACUUUACCAAAACAAGACUUCGAGAGACGAAACAUUACAAAACACAGUUGCAAUACGCUGAAAGUAAAGAUGAAGCGCAAUUGGCUAAGAUUGAAAUUCCAGCAAUUUUGUCAAUGAGUGAUGCUGAAGUCAAGGAGGCGCUUGAAAUGGUGCAGAAAGACAUUGAUGACUUUACGGAAGCAAAUCACAGACUAAAGGAUCAACUCAAAAGGAUAACAGACAAAGUUAAUGAACAAGAGGCCAAAGGUAAUGAUUACACCCAAACUCAUAUACGUGAGAUAGAGGCUAAUGACAGGAUUGUGGGCACAAAGGGGUUAAGGCUUAAAGUGUUUGAGAAUGGACUUGAUGAGGGAGAAACUGUAAUAUUCUUCAAUCUCAGAGAUGCUGCGAGAGGGCUGGAUGGAAACAGACCAAAAAUGAUGGAGAGGCUGCUUGAUCAGCUUAGCAACAGAACCAAAAAUUCUCCAUUGAAGGCCUAUGCAAGGAGAUUAUUUGACAAAUAUGGUAAAGAAAUCACGGACGUGUACCAACUAGAGUAUGACCAGGACAUCUAUAUAUCACACGGGGAACCAUUUAAGAACCCAUACACUUUCACCAUGCAAGUGACAUUUGAUAAGACCAAUGCUAUUGAGAUGGACAGUGAGGAAAGAGGCAACUACACAACAGUGUUUAGAGAACAGCUGAACAAAGAAGAUGUUGAGGGUGGAAGGGAUAAACCCAACAAGUGGGAAUGCACGGUUGGAUUCCCCGCCUCCUUCCCCACACGUAAUAUGUCCGACAUUAAUGAAGUUGAGCAGGAACAUUUCAAACAUCUAAUAGAAAUGUCUGAAGUGGCACAAUCAGCUCAUUAUCUACAGCUAAAGGAGGAUAAAAGCCUCGUGAUGUACCCAGAGAUCUCAGUUGGUUACAAGCAGCCUGCCUUAUCGACUGAAGUGUGGCCUCCAAAUGCACAAGUCUGGUGCAUAGGAAAGAGUGGCUACAUCUAUAGCAAGGCAUUCCCUCAGUUGGUUCUCUCAGUGUUAGACCAAGAGGUCAAAGUUCAACUGUCUAAGCGUCACAACCAAUCAAACAACCAGUAUAUGACUCUCGAGCAGCAGAUACAAGAGGAAAAACAAGCUAAUGAAGGAGAUGAUGAAGACGAUGAAGAGAGAAAGAAGAAUAUGGUGGAGGGUUUUGCUGUUGGUGUGCAGAAGAAAAUGGCUGGGGAUCCUUGCCAAGAAUGGGGUUUUACAGCUGAGGGCUACAUAUACUCCAAGGGUCAUCCAGAGUUGGUGUUUACAUAUCUCGGUGGUUGUUAUGGUGAUGAUGAGUCAAUAGCUAAAAAUGAAAUAGAUGGCGUUCCAUCAGGUCACAGAUAUUUCAUAGCAGUCUGUGACAAACUCUCUGGAAAACAUGCCAAAAACCAAAGAUGGGCAAUAAAGCAAGAAAGGAUGGACAACAUUGGCCAAUGGAAGCAUUCCCGGCAUAUGGUGGGUGCAGACUGGAAUAAGAAAGCCUACUCUUGGCCUGUGAAUGAUGAUGAUACAUGGAUAGAGGGUUUUGAUUGGCCAAUGGAGGGAUUUUUCAUACCACAAGUUCCACUAAUACGGAAAAUGUCUGAAAAGAAAGGCCCAAAUGGAUUGGUGCCCCUGAGGUUGGCAGUUGUGAAAAAUGGCUCAAAAGAUUACAGAAAUAUCACCCCAGUUGUGGGUCCUGACCUCACCAAUAUGAUGAAGGACCUCAACAAGACAGCGCUGAAUGGUAAACAUCCUCAUAAGCACAACCAUAAAAGGACAAAGUCUAACGAGAAUAGCGGGAAGUCGGGUGACGCCUCUGAGGCCCAGAUGUGUCUCCACUGCAAUGAUAUGUCUCUACAGCAGCUAGAAUUCAUGCUGUUCCUGGAGAGAUGUACAUCUCUGCUUGAUCUGUCAUUUGCUGCUCGGAGGUUAUUCGAUGAAACUGGGAAAGAACAUUUCACUCUCGGAGAACUACAGCGAGAUCAGAUUGUAUAUGUAUCAUGUGGUGAGCCAUGGAGUGACCCAAGGAUGACAAAGGCUGAGCAGCAACGGCGCUAUCUAUUGGCAAAUUUAGCUGCUGACAUUGCGCAAAUACGUCAGUUUACUGCAUUACGAAACCCAGAGAAUCUGGUGUUAGCCGUUGAUGGUUCACCAGCUGUUGGGGCAAAGUUGGUUAUUAUGGAGAGUGUCAUUGAAGAAGAAGAGUCAGAAGAGGAAGAAGAAGACCCCGAAGAGAAGAAGAGGGAGGAAGAGAGGAAGAGGCAAAUGGAGGAACUCCUUGCAGAACAACAGACUUCCCAUGAGAAAGCUCACCAGAAGUCUGAGCAGCGACUUGAUGGCUUAAGGUGGCCAUGGGAACGAAUUGCAAAUGCAAGUUUUGAAGAAAAAGAUGAAGAUGGUUGCUAUACCAAUAGGGAGCUUUAUGAGAAGUAUAAACCUAAGCGACAGCUUUCUCCUAGAUACCCAGGGCUCCAUCUCCAAAAGUUCAUAUACGAGGAAGGUUUUAUCAUCUGUAAGGUGAAACCAGAGCUCGUAUUGGGAGUUCUGGAGUCUGAAUCCCGCGUGGCUGAAGUGGUCCUCGUCAAGAAACGUCCCGAUGAUAUCUUCCAGAGAUGGAUUGUGCAUGAUAAUGGUAUUAUCCAGGCUAAACAUAGUCCCCAGAUGGUACUAACAGUAACCAUGCCAACCAACACACGUCGUGAGGACGACUCUAUGCCACUCAGUUAUGUUGGGUCAACAGUAAUCCUCAGCAACAAAAAAACGACGCAAUUUGGACGAAGUAACCAAAUAUGGCGUUAUGAUCCUGAAACUGGUUUUGUUCACUCGUUCUUCACAGAUAUCACUGAUAAAGAGGUGACAUCUGCCAACAAGGCCAAUGUUUGUACAUAUUCAGUAGCAGGAGCAGAGGAAUUGGACCAACCUGGUUAUAUUGUCCAAAUGGCUGACCAAAAUAACAAAGUCCAUGAGUUGAUUGUUUGUUCCGCAUGUGCUCGGGCCAUGAGAGGGCGCCACAAGCUUGAGAUGUUGCCUCAUAGCGUCGACUUUGCCUGCGCUAUGGGAACAGCAAAAGACAAAGGUUUCAAACAAAUAGGUAGCUUCCAAUGUUUAAAUGGGAAAGUUGACCUUUCAACAUUUGAGGCUGAGCACACUCUAGAAGAGUGGGAACUACAGCUGGAAAACCUCCGCCAAGAGACCAGCGUACGUGCAAUCGCCCAAGAAAUAUCCGCUGCCAGAGGUCCAAAGACUGUCAAAGUUUACGCCUAUAAAAAUGGCGAGGGCCGACUUAAAGAAGGGGAACUUCUAUUUGGCUCCAGCAUUUUGGGGAUCCUAGACCAGUGCACCCACAGGCUGCAGAUGGCAAGUGCCGCACGUCGUAUCUACACAAGUGACGGGAUGAUCAUCCUUGACAUUGAUGACCUCAUACAAUGGGCCGUUAACAACUACACGGAGAUGAUGCGGAGAGAUCUCAGACGCACCAAAGAAGCAAAUAUGAAAAAUAAAAAAGGAAAAGAAGAUGAUGAAGUGUCUAAAGCAUCAUCGGACGAAGAUGACGAGGGAGAUGAAGAGAAAGAUGAAAUGACAGGGAUGCUGGAAAAGAUGAAGAUGGAUGCAAGAGAGGAUGAUGAGGCCUCAGUCACAAGUAUGAAAUCGGAGAUGUCUAUGGAUGGACCAAUGAAAUCCAAGGAGAAAAAAGUCAAAACUGAGAUUACAUUUGUAAAUAAAUCGGGAAUAGAUGCCAAUAUGUUCUGGGUGGACUAUGACGGAAAUCGUAAAAAGCACGGAAUUUUACCAAAUGGAAAAACUAAAAAGCAACGGACUUAUUUAACCCAUGUGUGGGCAUUUGAGGAUGCAAAUAACACAGAUACAAUAUUCAUUAAUGGAGCCAAGUCACACAGAGUCAUGGAGCAGAAUCAAACAGUUCUCAUACAAGGUAAGCAAAAGGCCUGGCCGUCACAUCGUGGAAUCAUAGAAAUCUACGUGACAAGUGUUGAGACGCCCAAUAACUUUAUAUGCCAGUUAGCCAGUACAAAACAGCAACUUGAGAUGUUAGUGGGGCAAAUGACUCAACUGUAUGAGGAGAAAAGGACAGCUGAUCUUGAGGAGGCCAGUACAGAUAGUGUUCGUGAAGAUGAUAUGACAGAUGAUUUCUCUAUUGUUGUUGAUGAUAUGGUGGCAGCGAAGCAUGAAGUUGGAGAUGAUGGUGUUGGGCUCUGGUUUCGGGCACAUGUUCUCAGUUCUGAUGAUUACAGUGCUGUCGUUCGAUAUGUCGACUUUGGAUAUGUCGCUGAGGUGGAGAAGAAAUUCAUUCAGCCAUUAAAAACUGAAUUCUUGGAGCUCCCCUUCCAAGCAAUAACAUGCAGUCUCGCCAAGGUUGGGCCGAAAGGAAAACGCUGGGAGGAAGAUGCCAUCAGCGAGUUCAGAGAGCUGACGUCAUGUGAUAUGCCAUGGCCCAAUGGGGUACAAGUCGUUGGGGCAAAGACAUUGACGUAUAUGAAUCCGGAAACAAAAGAAACUCCAUCUAUUUACAUUUUACUCCCUGGGGAGGAAAGGGAGAUUAACAUUGGAGAAGAGUUCCUGGCAAAGAACUGGGCAGCUAUUGCUAAAACUCCUAAAGCCAAACCAGCACGGCCUCAUCGCAAGAAUAGCAUCUCUAAUGUACAGCCACCACCCACAGAGGAAAUUCUACGAUAUCCCAUUGAAGUGUGGGCCUCAUCGGGAGAACCUUUCGUCAAACCAGAAGCUGCUGAGGAACGUUACAACCGCAGUGUGCAAGAGAGAGAGGAGAGAGCCAAAGUGGGACGGGAAUUAGACAAAGAAAAACACGUCCUUAGGCAAAUGCAAGGUCGUAGGUUUGAUGAGUUGAACCCCGGAGAGUAUGUAGGGCAAAGGAGUCCGAGGGAUCCUGUUGCUAUUGAAGGGACAUGGCAAGAGCCAAGCAAUGAAGAGAAAAUGAAACAUGAUAACAUACAUCAACUGGAGACACAUCUAGAGGAGGUACGAACUAACCAAGGACAGAAAUCAAAGGUCUUCAACCCUGACACAACGAACAGGCUAUACGGACAGCCAAAUAUGAAACGUGUGAUGAUUUUCCCUAAUGGGGAGAGUAUCAAACGGGCUGUCUAUGUGUGGGGAGAAUCACUCCAACAACUGCUCAACAACGCAACACUACGUCUUAACCUUAGGAAGGAUGCCAAGAUAUUAUACCAUAUUCUUGGUCAUAAGAUUGAAAGUUUCCAAGACUUGGAAAGGGAUCAGCUUAUUGCAGUAUCAUAUGGAAAGCCAUUCCAGAAGCCAAAAGAUUACCAACAGGAAAUUGAGAUCAAGGCAAACUGGGGAAGGGCAAGGAAGCAGUACGGCAAAGGUGCCACUGAGAUGGCUAUAGACGCACAAGGAAACCCUAUAGUCAAUGUUGAUCCAUUUGGUCCACCUCCUUUGGCAAACAGACCACCUCCAAGGAACUUUCACCAAACCCGAUGAAAAUCCCAGUCCUUGCAGUUGAACUAACAAGUGUUCGUUAAUAUUAAAGGGGUGCGAAUAAAUAUCUAGAUGCAGUGUAGGAAAAACUGGAGGGAAAUCACCAUCCGUGCAGUGAUGGUAAAAUCAAUGAAAACUGCCAUCCAUACAGUGUUUGUUAAAAAGACAAUGUACAUAAUGAAUCCUGUGAUGGAAAAGACCAGUGGAAAGGAGCGUAUACUGUACUUCGAGUUAAUUUGGUGCCCAUUUCGAUUUUUCGAAUGGGUUGUGAAUUGUAGAUUGGCCAGUUUGAUGGUACAGAUUCUUUGUUUAUGGUACAGAUACAUUAACAUUGGUGUUGCUUAGACUUUCAUAUUUUCAUUUCCCAUGGUUCAUUUUGAACUUGCGUGAACUGGGAGAGACAUUCUGAUAUGUGUCUUUGAUGAAAAGAGAGUCAAAAGUAAAAAA